AUGUCCUCGUACGAGGCCGAGAAAGAACCCAGCGGCUCGCACAAGAGGAAGAGAGAUGAUGGAGAGGGGAGCGAGGGAAAUGGAAUGGAGGGAUUUGUGGACCUUGGUGGCGAGGCAGUCGAGCAGGGAUUCAGCAAAGAGGACGAUCUCCUGCUAGAAGAUUUGAUCAACAGCGCCGAUGGACUGGCAUCAGGCGACCCAGAUGACAUCGACACUGACUUUGGCGUCGUAUUUGCCGAUGGCGCCGAUACGAGCGGCGGAUCCGGAGCUGACGGCUACCACGACGAAGCUGGCCAGCAGCUUGAUGAGGAUGCGACGUCACGGAUCGAUCUGAUGGCGCGAGAGAUCUUGGAGGACUCGAGCCAGUCACAGGGCACCGGGUACGGCCCCGGCCGCAAGAAGCCGCGCCGCCAGUACGCGCCGCCCGGGGGAACCGAAGCGGUCAAGGAGAGCGACGACAGCGGCGGUAGCAGCGACGACGAAGAAGACGACGAUGAAGCAGAGGUGGAGGUGCUCGAGGAAGACGACGAUGGUGACGGUGAUGAAGGCGCCGAUGGCGACAACAGGAUCGGAGGCAAGGGGGUACACAGCCGACCGAAGCGCGGCAGCGUCGACGACGACGACGACGAUGGCGAUGAAGACGAUGAAGACGACGAGGGCCAGGGCGAUGAUGGGAAGGAGUUCAGAGCGCUCGGCUCGAAGGGACUGUUUACGGUGCGGGACGGGGCGGGAGUGGGCCGGACCGCGGCCGCCAAGGCAGACGAUGACAGCGACAGCAACGACGAAGGCGAGGAACAGGAGGAAGAGGGCGGCGACAAAGAAGAGAAAGACGAUGACGACGAUGACGAUGAUGGUGAUAACGAUGAUGAAGAGGAGGGCAUAGAACACACGCUCACGCGAGCAGGCAUGGACCAGUAUCUGGACCUGGACGCCAAGAUCAGUCUGCUGACUCGUGCCGUGCGCCGGUUCGACGCGCGGAGCCAAGUGUCGACGCUCCUCACGUCGGCCCUCCUCCAGCUGGCCAACACACGGCCCGACUUCGCGGCCGAAGUCGAGAAGGAGAUCGAGCACGCCAAGGAGGAGGACUAUGACAGCGACGACGAAACGGAGGAAAAGGUGGAGGUCGAUGAAUCGGAGACCCUGGAGGGCUGGCUGGACGGCGCCGAAGGACGCGACGUGGAUUCACUCCGCGCCUCUUUCCUCGAUGAGUUACUCGAAGUGCCGUUCAAGGCGAAGCUGAACGGGGAGCGGUGUACGGUGGUGCAAGCGGUGGAGGGGGACUCCCUGCUCGUGCGGCAGAACGGCGAGUCGUUCAUCGCGUCGGCCAAGGCCCUGACCGGCGCCAAGGGACGCAACGGCGCCUUCCUCGCCGACUGGAAGCAGAACGGCUAUUAG